AUGGUAAUGAUGCGCUACGUGCUGUGUAUCCUCGCUGUCCUGCUCUCCUGUGCGUGUGUGCACGUCCUCGCUGAAGAAGUGCCUGCCGCCGAUCUUUCCGACCAAGUCCCUGAUACGGAGAGUGAGACAAAGAUUUGCCUUCAAGGUACUCCUGAUGCCCAAUCUCAGUGCACUGAAGAUACUACUGAAUGUGCUGAACUUCCUGAAGGUAAGCCAUGUCAGAAAAAGGAAGAAGCUCCUCCAGCUAAAGUACCUGAGGUACCAAAAGAAGUUGUUCCUGAGAAAAAGGUACCGCCUGCUCCUCCUAAAAAACCCGAAGUUCCUCCUGUAAAAGUACCAGAGGUUCCUAAAGAGGUGGUUCCUGAGAAGAGAGUACCAGCUCCUUCUCAAAACCACGAAGUUCCUCCUGCCGCAGCACAUGAAGUUCAAAGUCAUCAUGGAGAUAAUGGUAUUCCUGGUCCUCGUGACGGAAUUGCUGAAACGGGUGACGCUGCUCUUCGUGGUCAAGAUGGUGAGACCGUCUCUUCCGGUUCUUCUGCUGGUGCUUCUGGUACUGCUGCUAAGCCAGCACCUGGUGAUUCUGCUAAACCUAGGGCAGAUCCCACUGAGGCUGAUGGUGGAGGUGAGGUGCAAAAUGAAGGGGACGGCAACAAUGCAGGGGGUGGAAGUGCGGCUACCCAAGGAAGUGAAGCACCACAAAAUUCUUCUUCUUCUCCCAACAAUACAACAACGGGGAGUGACGGAGCUGGGGAUACUGAAACAACAGAGAGCGGAACUCCAUCUGCAGGGAGUGAAUCAACAAGUAACCAAGAAGAGGUUGCCGGAAAUGCAGAUACAACCACUACCACCACCACAACAACAACAACACUUCCUCCUGAACUCACAAACAACAAGAAGGGUGAUGCAGACAGCAGCAGCAGUAUCAGCAGUUCUGUGUGGGUGCGUGUGCCACUACUGAUUGUGGUUACACUGGCCUGUAUUCUUGUGUGCUGA